AGAAAAGUGAAGUGAAACUGUAGCCUACUCUCUGCCUGUUUUGUUUCAGCUGCACUGGACUUGAUGCCCACUCAACAAAUAACACAUUUUAUGUCGUGACACCGUCAGUGUCCAGGACAUCCUCCUGUUAAAUUUCUCAUUUUAAUGCAUAGACGCGUCGACAACCUGUGAUGUCAGACUGUGAUUCUUCCUGCAGCUCUCAGCAGAAGAAUAUCAAGAAAAACUUCCUCUGUGAGAGAUAUGAGGGUUCAGAGGAUGAAGGCAGAAGGCUGAAGAGGAGAGAAAAGAACAGAGUUGCAGCCCAGAAGAGUCGGAAAAGACAAACACAGAGAGCUGAUGUGCUGCAUGAGACCUGCGAGCUGUUGGAGCAGAGGAACAGAAAGCUGAGGAGAGAGGUGGAUUCUCUUUCUGAGGAGCAGCGUCUGCUGACCGAAGCUCUCAGAGUCCAUGAGCCCUUCUGUCCCAUCAUGCACUGCUCUUUCGCCUCCUCCAACUUGCAGCCCGAUGCCAUAGCAGCCCGCUCCGUCUGAGGCUUGGAGUGACAUCACUCACCACAACUUCUGAAUGUCUGUUUAAUGCCGCAGUGAAGCCCCUAGAGGGCGCUGCUCACCAUCAUCAAAGUGGCGAUGCAACAGGUUGAACUCUGGUGACAGCAGUGACGAUUGUUCUCUGAUGGUUAAACGGUCCAUGAGGCUGAUCAUGUACAUAAUAAUAUAAAUACAGUUAUACACUUUGUCACUCUGUACACACUGAUACCGCUGGGUUUGACUCCUCUUUCAGCUUACAGGUGAAAACUAUAAAACACAAAGGUCAAGUUGUUGAAUGUAAUAAUUGGUUUGCAGAGUGAAUUCAUCGAUUCUACACUCAUUCAAUCCAUUUUGUGCUGUUUAUGAGUAUAUAACACACAAAUUACAUGACUUAACCUUUUUAUUUAUUUUUUUCUUUUUGGAGAAAGAUAAGUGAAAAUCUGUAUUUGAUUCUUCGUCACAGUUUUCACAAUGUGUUCAGUUAAACCCAAUUAAAAUGAUCUUUUAAAAAAUGCUGACAUUUUCAGUAUUAUUAAUCACAAAUGAGACUGUUAAAGGCAAAAUAAUGAUUGAACUUGUGUUUGGAUUCACAACUCGACUUGAAACAGAAUCACUACAGUUGUAGUUAUUAGGUACCACUUUCUGAGGUAUAUUCUAUAAAGAGUUUAUAAAUUGAAACUUUUCUAUAUCUAUAAAUGUUAAUAGCACAAAAAAGGGGUUUGCGCACUCAAAUCUAGCUAGAUUGUUCUGUUCAUUUAGUUCAUCAAACUUGAGCAGCGGGGGGGGGAAAUCUGACUGAUUUUGGUGUGUGAAUCCUUUUUUUUGUGCUUUGAACUGUGUUUGCAGGCGCCCCAGUUUCCCUUUUUGUUUUCGGUUCAGCACAAUGUUCUUUAUUUUCCCUCUAUGAAUGUUAA